AGGAAGCGGGAGGAGACAACGAGCGGAGGAACCGCGCGGCUCCAGCGCUCCCUGAACUCGCAGCACCCCCGGACCGCCCCCAUCCCGCAGACAAGGAGCUGAGCAUGGAGACCAGGGAGGACAAAUCUCUGCAGCAGAACCUCGUGGGAGAGGGUGUUUGGAGUGGCUCCACAGCACAGGAAUCUAGUGGGGAGGAAAAUCCCCGGAGAUCCCUCACGAGGAGGGGCUGCAAACGCGGAUCAGGGGGAUUUGAGGAGAAAAGUCCCACCCUGUGCCAAGAAGGCAGUCAGAGAUCGAGCCAGAGCUCAGCGCUGGUGGUGCAUGAACAGCUUUCUCAUGGGGAGAAGCCCCACAAAUGCUUGGAGUGUGAGAAGAGCUUCAGCCUGAGGUCCAGCCUGAUCCGCCACCAGAGGAUCCACACUGGGGAACGACCCUACGAGUGUGGGGAAUGUGGGAAGAGUUUCAGCCUGAGGUCUGUCCUGAUGUGCCACCAGAGGAUCCACACCGGGGAACGACCCUACCCAUGUGCGGAAUGUGGGAAGAGCUUCAGGAACAGCAACCAACUGGUCCAGCACAAGAGGAUCCACACUGGGGAGAGACCCUAUGAAUGUGGGGAAUGCGGAAAGAGGUUUCAGAACAGUGCCCACCUGCUGUGUCACCAGAUGAUCCACACUGGUGAGAGACCCUACCAGUGUGGGGAAUGUAGGAAGAGCUUCAAGACGAGCUCUGAACUGAUAAAGCACCAGAUGAUCCACAGUGGGGAGAGGCCCUACGAGUGUCGGGAAUGUGGGAAAUGCUUCAGGCAGAGCUCUGCCCUGAGUGCCCACCAGAGGAUCCACACUGGAGAGAGGCCCUACGAGUGUGAUAAAUGCAGGAAGAGGUUUCAGACCAGCUCCGAUCUCCUUAGGCAUCAGCGGAUUCACACAGAGGAGAGGCCCUUCCGCUGCCCCGACUGUAGGAAGGGCUUCAAGCAAAACUCCACACUCAGCAGGCACCGGCGCAUCCACACUGGGGAGAGGCCCUACGAGUGUGAUAAAUGCAGGAAGAGGUUUCAGCUCAGCUCCAGUCUCCUCCUGCACCAGCGCACGCACACGGAGGAGAGGCCCUUCCGCUGCCCUGACUGCGGGAAGGGCUUCAAGGUGAACUCCACCCUCACGAAGCACCGGCGCAUCCACACCGGGGAGAGACCCUACAAGUGUGAGGAAUGUGGGAUGAGCUUCAGCCAGAGCUCCAACCUGAUCUGCCAUCAGAGGACCCACACUGGGGAACGGCCCUACGAGUGUGCAGAGUGUGGGAAGAGCUUCAGACAGAGCUCCAACCUGAUCCAGCACCAGAACAUCCACACUGGGGAAAGGCCGUAUGAGUGUAGGGAAUGUGGGAAGGGCUUCAAGCACAGCGCCAACCUGAUUGUCCACCAAAAAAUCCACACUGGGGAGAAGCCCUAUGAGUGUUCCGAGUGUGGGAAGAGGUUUCCCACCAGCUCCCAUCUCCUCCUGCACCAGCAGAUUCACACAGAGGAGAGGCCCUUCCACUGCCCUGACUGUGGGAAGGGCUUCACACAGAACUGCACCCUCAUCAUCCACCGGCGCAUCCACACUGGGGAAAGGCCAUUCAAGUGUCUCCAGUGUGGGAAGAGCUUCUCCAGGAGCUCAAGCUUGACCAGACACCAACAGAGCCACCAGUAAGGGAAGGCCCUGCAAGUGCCCCUAGUGCAGGAAGAGCUUCAUGCGCUGCUCAGCUCCAUCCCCCCCACUGCAGGACUCAAGUUGGGCAGAGCCCUGGUGACCCACAUUCCUUAUAAUUCAUAGAAUGGGAAGACACCUGGCUGGUUAUCCUUUUGUUUUGGCCUUAAUUUUUUUCUCUUCUCCCUCUCUUUGCACUCAAGAAUCCAAGAGGGAUCAGUCUAUCACCUCAAAACUGCUCCAGUCCGACUGAGAACAACUCAUUUUUAACCCAAAAGGGCUCAAUCCCACCUCAAAGUGGCUUGUUCCCACCUCAGAAAAACUCAAUCCCACUCCAAAGUUACUCGAUUCCACAGCCACCAGGGUGAGAUGAGGUUGGAAGGAGAUUGGGAGAAGUGGGAUCCAAAUUUGGAGCAGUGGGAUUUGGAUUGUGUGGGGCUGGGUGGGUGGGAUGUGUUUUGAUAGCAAAUUAGACUUUGAGAGUUCUUGAUUCCUGUGCCAUUCAUUUUCAGUCAGUGUCAGUUCUGUUCUCACAGUGCCACCUUCUCAGCUGAUUGUGUUGGUGUCCUCCUUUCUCUCCUGCCUCUCCUGCCUGCUCUCUUUGUCUCUCAGUGUCUCCCUUGAGCCAGGGCAGCUCCCACCCAAGACCCUGCCCUGACUGAAUUCCCAAUGCAGGGGCUACAUCAAGUGUGGGUGAAGUUCUGGAGGCUGGCAGUGAAAUGUCCCUGUAGGAUCUUGCUGCCCUUGGCUUGUUGCACUUUGCUUGUUGCACUUUUCUUUGUUUCCUUGCUGUGCCUGAAGUGUCCAGGCAGGGGCAGAGUGACUCUUGCCGAGGAACUUUGUCAUGCUUUCACCUAAUAUUAAAUCUGGUUUUUGCUGA